UGUAUCGGGGUGCUAAUAUAUACACCAGCAGUAUAUCGCUUAAACAUGAAGCAUCGGAUUUCAGCCGAAGCUCGAUUUUACUUCCGGUUCCAAAGUGACGUGUCUAUAGCAACAGAGCAGACCUUUAGGAGAGAACAGAGGGAUAAAAACAACAUGGAUGUUUCCGGGAAAGAGAAAGAAGCCAUGGCUCUGAUGGCUGAAGCGGACAGGAAAAUGACAGUGACGGCAUCGUUUUUUAUAAAGUUAGUCGGGAGCUCUUCUAAGGCAGAGGAAGCCUGUGACAUGUACACGAGAGCUGCGAAUAUGUUCAAGAUGGCCAAGAACUGGCGCGCUGCAGGAGAUGCAUUCUGCAAAGCUGCAAAAGUGCACUUGAAAACGCAAAGCAAGCACAACGCUGCCAUCAGCUUUGUCAAUGCCAGCAACGCGUACAGAAAAUCAGAUCCACAAGAGGCCAUCAAGUGUCUGAGUCGGGCCAUCGAUAUCAACACAGAUAUGGGGCAUUUCACCACCGCAGCGAAGCACCACAUCACUGUGGCUGAAAUUUACGAGUCAGAAUUACUGGACAUGGAUAAGGCAGUUGUGCAUUACAAGCAGGCUGGUGAUUACUACAAAGGAGAAGAGUCUACAAGUGCUGCCAAUAAGUGCCUACUUAAAGUGGCGAUGUAUGCCGCACAGUGUGAACAGUACCAGAAGGCUCUACAGAUAUUUGAAGAGAUUGGGAUCUACUGCAUGGACAACACCUUGCUGAAGUAUGGAGCUAAAGAUCACUUCUUCAAGGCAGCACUGUGUCAUUUCUGUGUCGACAUGCUAAACGCCAAGCUGGCUUUGCAGCGAUAUGAGGGAAUGUUUCCUGCCUUCUCAGACUCCAGGGAGUGCAAACUUGUCAAGAAACUUCUUGAUGCACACGAGGAGCAAGAUGCCGAUGCAUACGCAAACGCUGUGAAGGAGUUUGACUCGAUCACGAGAUUGGAUCAGUGGCACACCACCAUGUUACUGAGAAUCAAGAGGACGAUUCAGGAGGACGAGAGCAAUCUCCGCUAAUACUGUGACUCAUGAUGGACCAGUGCAUAUCAACUUAUACUCUAUUUGAUUUCAUCAUGUCAUCCAUUUUUUGUUUCCUUUAUGUUAUUGAGCUGUUCUUGUCCACAUUAAGUAAUACAGUAUUUAUUAUUUAACUGCUGAUCUUUUAGGGCUGAAACAUGUAGCAUUGCAUAAGAAUUUAGAUUGCUUUGAUUCCAUGUUUGUUUUUUGCAAAUUAUUGCAUAUAAUCUAUAACAUAAAUAAACGAUAAAAAUGAGGAUUAAAAUGUAUUAUGUAUGAGAAGUAAAAUCGCUUAUUUUCUUGCUUAAUUUUUGUUCACCAGUUAAUUCUGGUUCGAUGUUGUCUGUUCCAGUCUUAAGUAACAUUAUUAUGAUCAGCAACUAUUCAUGGUGGUUCAGUAUUUAUUGAUGUUUUUCUAUAGGUAUUUGAUAAUACUUCCAUCAUUUCCUUAUCUCAUUCAGCACUUUGUUGAAUUGAGUCUGAUACAUAUUUCUUGAACUGAAAGAGAAUUCAAGGGCAUUUUGUAAUUUUUUAACGAUCAUCCAGUUCAAAGUUUAAUGGAUUAUGCGCAUGAGUUGGAUCAUGUCUUUGUCUGGUUGUGAUCCAAUUUUAAGUGAUAUGGUAGUUUUUGAUUCUUUUUGAACUCUUGUGCAGGUACAAUAACUAUUAGCUCAUGCUGUUGUGCAACAGUAAAGCAUUUCUUGCAUUUAUUAUUUUAGUUCAGUUUUAGCUAUAGUGUGAACAAGAAUUUCCAAGUCAAGCCAAAUAAGCCGAUUUUUUAAGCAUGAAAGAAAACUUUAAACAAAAUUCCUAUAAACAAAAUUCCUAUGGCGAUAAUUUACUCACAGUAAC